UGUGUGAGCAGCUGCUGCGAUAGCUCCUCUGUGAGCCGCGGCGCGCGACUGAGUCCAAGUGAAGCCAUGGGCCAUGGCGAGCGCGUCUCCCAGUGAUUGUGUCGACAGUGAGCUGAGUUGCCCCAUCUGCCUGGGCACGUUUGACUGCCCCUCCACGCUGAGCUGCGGAGACUCGUUCUGCCUCCGGUGUCUGGACGGUGCCUGGGAGACGGCGAGCAGCUUCAGCUGCCCGCAGUGCCGAGCGGCCUUCCCUGAGCGACCCCAGCUGAAGAGGAACGUGGCGCUCGCCAACCUGGUGGAGCAGCUCAGAGUUGGAGAGAGGAUGGCCGGAGUUGUCUUUUGUGACUGUUGUGGUGAUGGGGAGACUCCUGCAGUGAAGACCUGCCUCAGGUGUGAGAUGUCCCUGUGUGAGUCCCACCUGAAGCCUCACAUGAUUAACCCCAAGUUGAAGGACCAUGGCCUGGUGGCUCCCAUUUUGAACCUAGAAGAACGAAGAUGUGCGGAACACAAUGAGCAUCUCCAAUUUUACUGUGAACAGGAUGGGAGCCUGGUCUGUAUGGUCUGCACUUUUGCAGGAGACCACACAGGACACAAGGUCAUCACGGUGACAAAAGCUCAACAUGCUAAACAGAAGGAGCUGAGGCUCAAGAAGAUGGAGAGAGAGAAGAUUAAGGGGUCGGCAGUGUCACAGACACAGCAGCUCAAGGACACGUACAAGCACAUGCAGGAGUCUUUGCGUGGGAUGAAAGCGAGGAUCAGCCAAGAGUUUGAGCGGAAGAGGCAGCAGCUGAAUAAGGAGGAGAGGGAGGCGCUGGAGCACGUGGACGAGGAGGGCCGCUCCGUGCUGUCCCGGAUCCAGGCGAACAUCGCUCUCUAUGAGAACAGAGCUCGUGGCCUGGAGCAGGAGAUCAACGAGCUGAUCGUGGCCCUCGCAGUAAAGGACCCACUCACCUUUCUGCAGGAUCCCAAGUACGAGGAACUCAGAAACUCGGUAUCUCAGGAGACUCAAGGUGGCCCUGCUCCCACAUUCAGCCAGCAGGAGCUCACAAAGGUCAUCUCAGCAGGAGGAGUCGAGAUGAGACUCCUGGCUCUCCUGUACGGACGCUCACCGACUGUGGACCUCAACUCGGCCUACAACAAACUCCAGAUUUCCUCGGAUCUCAGGACGGUGACGCAGACCGCUGUCUCCCAGGGUCGCCUCGAUCACCCACACCGCUUUGAUUGGUGGGACCAAGCCCUGUGCUCCGAGAGCUUCUCGUCGGGUCAGCACUACUGGGAGGUGGACGUGGGGGGUGCGGCGGAUCACUUUCGGGUUGGAGUCACGUACGGGACGAUCGCACGGAAAGGGAGUGGUAAAAAGUGCGAGCUGGGAAGGAACAACUCAGCCUGGGUUUUAUAUAAAUCUUACAACAACUGCUACGUGCUUCAUGGUGGUGUCUGGACGUCAGUGCCGGUGAUGAAAUCUCCCCGGAGAGUCGGGUGUCACCUGAACUGGGAGGCGGGGCUGCUGUUGUUUUACUGCGCCGACUCCAUGCAGCUGCUGCACUCGAUCCACCACUCGUUUAGUCAACCGCUCUACCCCGCACUGUAUGUGUGGGGUGUUGGUUACUCAGUGAGGAUUCUGGACCUGAGUCGUGCGUCCUGAGAGCACGGAGUGUGAGCAGCGCACAACGCUCAGACUCACGCACACAAAGACUCAGAUCCCCCGUGUAGCCUUCACAGGCUGUUGGGGCAAGUGCUGUUGGCGAGCACCU